AUGUCCCGCCCGUUUCCCUACACGUAUAUCUCCUGUCCCUGUGCGGACACGCCGGUGCCUGACCCGGCCAGGAAGCGAAGGUCCCGGGAAUCGCCGCAGAAACCUACUCCAGAGCGGAACACCGAGACCAGCGAAGACCAGGGCGAGACGAAACAACCAAACGAAAAAGGUCAAGAUGAAGACGAAGACGAAGAACAGACCUUUGACCCUCGGUCACCUCGGUCAAAUUUCUCCUUAUACCCACCUGAACAACUUCUGUACUGCGAGGAUUGCCACCAGAUAAAGUGUCCACGAUGCAUAACGGAGGAGAUCGUGAGCUGGUACUGUCCCAAUUGCCUGUUUGAGACACCGAGCAGCAUGGUACGCAGUGACGGUGGUCGGUGUGGCCGAAACUGCUUCAAUUGCCCCGCCUGUACAGCACCGCUGGCUGUGAGUACCAUUGAAAAUGUUACCGGAAAUAGUAGUGGACAGGGCCCUUGGGUGCUCUCAUGCAGCUACUGCCUAUGGACGACACUUGAUAUCGGUAUCAAGUUCGACAAGCCCACCAAUAUCCGUAGCCAGUUGCAGAAAAUGACCGACUCGACAACGGCACCUACAUUCGACGCCCGGUCGCGGCAAGGAUCGCGCGCCUUCGGAGAUUUGAAGUCACCUUUGUCUAACUUUGCUUCCAUUGACGAGCAAUCUAAUGCCGGCGAACGAGAUGCAGAGCAAUCUUCUUCCAAGGAAGAUGCAACGCCCACGCCCCAUCUUGGUGCAGAAGCCCGUUUUGCUGCUUUGAAAAACUUUUAUCGUACACAGAUAUCAGAGACAUCCAAUUCACCCAAUGACCCUCUUAGCUCGGAAUUUGGAUUCUCGUCUCCCGGGGCAUUGAACCGGCUGAUGUCUCUAUACGCCUCCUCCUCGCGGUUGAGUGGACUCUAUGGCGGUAACAAGAAACCGAAGUCCAAGCCGCCGGUCAUGCGUGAAGCUCUGACUGCCAGUGAGGGCCUCCGUAUUGCCUCGGAGGAUACCGAUACGGCACUCAUCGAGCGCAUUCCGUCCUCAGAUUGCGGCUGGGACGGCGUUGCAUCUAUCACCCAGCGUACAGAGCAAUCGCCUGAUGUACGAUUCGUGGACGAACUCCUCCCGCUUCCAGUUCUCCUACGAACCAAACGCGCCAAGCGCUGCAAGUCAUGCAAGCAUAUUCUAGUGAAACCUGAGACCAAGCCGCAGUCUACGCGCUUCCGUAUCCGCCUCAUUGCGUUAAGCUAUAUCCCUCUCCCGACUCUACGCCCUCUCGCUCAGCCUUCAGCAUCUUCGAUUUCAGGCCUGGGUCCAACUCCAGAUCUGAACGCGCUGUCUCCCCUUCGACCUUAUCAUGUUCUUCUGACUCUGAAGAACCACAUGUUUGACCCAGUUCGCAUCACACUUGCUACACCCUCUGUGACCCCGGGCAGUGUGGCCACCAAGGUUACUGUGCUUUGUCCGCAGUUCGAGAUUGGCGCCAACAGCGAUGUAUGGGAUGAAGCAUUGCAGAAUGCAACGGCACCGCUCAGUGAUCGAAUUACGGGCAUGCGAGGCGGCGAGAAAGUUCCCGAGGCCGGAAAGGUCUGGGAGAAGGGCCGAAAUUGGACUACUGUUGUGUUGGAAGUGGUUCCAGGGACGUUGCCUGGUACUCAAGCAGAAGACGGCCGGGCAAGUGACAUUGAUAUCGCGGCUUCUCUUCAGAAGGAUGAGGAUGUACUAGAGAUCCCGGUGUUUGUGCAUAUGGAAUGGGAUGCGGAGGCACAGCUUGAACAGCAGAAUGUCGGCAAGGCAUCGAAGCCAGACGAUUUGGUGGCUCGAGAGCUGGCUUACUGGAUGGUUCUCGGUGUUGGAAGGAUUCAGGCGUCUUUGUAG